AGCAGAGGCAGAAGGCGGAGGGGACGGAAGUAUAGGGGAGAAUAAAGGGACUGAAAGGGAGGAGGAAGAAGGAAAAAGAAGAAAAAUAAGGUAGGAGGGCGUUUGCUUUUCGUCUUUCUUCACACACGACCUUGUCUUCAGUGUCGCAAACUAACGAGAGGAAACGUGCACGGGCGAAGAGGCGGUGCAACAUUCCAAAGAUCCUGACAGGCGGGUUCUGACCCGUUCACGAUCAACAUCAGAACCUGACACACUUCACAAUCACACGCACACGUGCCCAACAUGGUGGAGCCUAUAUGUGCCACAGGUGUGGCGGUGCAUCUGCGGAGUCUGAGGGACCGGGAGGAAGGGCUGGGCCAGAACGACAAUGCCGUCAAGUUCCUGGGUCAAGACUAUGAGAGUUUACGGGCACAAUGUCUCCGCAGCGGGAAGCUCUUUGAGGACAGCCUCUUCCCCUGCAGCGCCUCCUCUCUGGGCUUCAAUGAGCUCGGACCGAGGUCAGCCAAGACAUAUGGUGUGCGCUGGAUGAGGCCUACGGAGUUGUGCAAGCGUCCCGCUUUUAUUGUGGAUGGGGCGACCCGAACUGACAUCUGCCAGGGAGCUCUGGGUGACUGCUGGCUACUGGCGGCCAUCGCCUCGCUGACCUUAAAUAACAACCUCCUACACCGAGUGGUCCCGCAUGGACAGAGCUUUGAUCGAGAAUAUGCUGGAAUCUUCCACUUCCAGUUCUGGCAGUUUGGCGAGUGGGUGGAGGUGGUGAUCGACGACCGUCUGCCCGUCAAGGACGGCAAGCUGCUCUUCGUCCACUCGGCGGAGGGCGGAGAGUUCUGGAGCGCGCUGAUCGAGAAGGCCUACGCCAAGUUGAACGGCUGCUACGAGGCGCUGUCUGGUGGCAGCACGUCCGAAGGCUUCGAAGACUUCACCGGCGGCGUGACGGAAAUGUUCGAGCUGAAUAAGGCGCCCUCCGACCUCUUCAGCAUCAUGGGCCGCGCUAUCGAAAGGGGCUCACUGCUCGGCUGCUCCAUUGACAUCAGCAGCUCCAGAGACAUGGAGGCGGUCACCUUCAAAAAGCUGGUCAAGGGACACGCCUACUCAGUCACGGGCUUGGACGAGGUGGUCUUCCGUGGAAACCCGACCAAGCUCGUCCGCAUCAGGAACCCGUGGGGGGAAGUGGAGUGGACCGGCGCUUGGAGCGACAAUUCUCGAGAAUGGGACAAUGUCGAUCGCGGAAUCCGUGCUCGUCUCCAAAAUCGCAGCGAGGACGGCGAAUUCUGGAUGUCUUUCAGCGACUUCCUGCGCGAGUUCACCCGGUUGGAAAUCUGCAACCUGACAGCCGACGCCCUCCAGCACAACCAGAUGAAAACCUGGAGCACGUCGCUGUACCCGGGCGAGUGGAGACGAGGCAGCACGGCCGGAGGCUGCCGGAACUUUCCGGCGACCUUUUGGCUGAAUCCCCAGUUCAAGUUGCUGCUGCAGCAUCCCGACGCGCCCGGCAUGUCGGACUGCAGCUUUCUGGUGGCGCUUAUGCAGAAGGAUCGCAGGAAGAAGCGGCGGGAGGGCAAAGACAUGGAGACCAUCGGCUUCGCCGUCUAUGAGGUUCCCAGUGAGGCAAAAGGGCAGACGCGGGUCCACUUGAAGCAGAACUUCUUCCUCACGCACGCCUCCAGCGCCCGCUCCGAACUCUUCAUCAACCUGAGGGAGGUCAGCUCGCGUCUCCGUCUCCCGGCCGGCGAAUAUGUCAUCGUGCCGUCCACCUUCGAGCCUCACAAGGAGGCAGACUUCGUCCUGCGGGUUUUUUCGGAGAAGCCUGCCGAUUCGGAGGAGCUGGAUGACGAUGUUGUGGCGGAUCUUCCAAGUGAGAACUAUUUGGACGAGAGCCAGAUUGAGGCCGGCUUCAAGAGUCUCUUCCGACAGUUGGCUGGCCCUGACAUGGAGAUCAGCAUCAACGAGCUGCAAACCAUCCUGAACCGCAUCAUCAGCAAGCACAAAGACCUGAAGACGGAUGGCUUCACCAAGGAGGCGUGUCGCAGCAUGAUCAACCUCAUGGACUCGGACGGCAGUGGGAAGCUGGGCCUGGUCGAGUUCCAUGUUCUGUGGGAGAAAAUAAAACGCUACCUGACCAUAUUCAGGAACUAUGACCUGGAUAAAUCGGGAAGCAUGAGCUCCUAUGAGAUGAGGAUGGCGCUGGAGUCCGCAGGCUUCAAGCUGACCAAUCACCUGUUCCAGCUCAUCAUCCUCCGAUACACGGAGGAAGACAUGGCCGUCGACUUUGACAAUUUCGUCACAUGUCUGGUCCGCUUGGAGUCCAUGUUCAAAACAUUCAAGAUCAUGGACACGGACACAGAUGGCGUCAUCACGCUCAACUUCUCCCAGUGGCUCUCCCUCACCAUGUUCGCCUAGACGUCAGUGGAACGGCGUGUCUGGUGCCUUCUGACGCCUCGGCCUCAUCGCGUUGCGUCGGGCUGGCACGUUGCAGACGACGGAGAAAGGGUGUCAAAUUCCUUUUUUGCCACAUCGUAGUAAUCGGCUUCCUUUUGGACCGUUACGACUGUGAAAACCAUUUCUAUGUUGAGUCACCUCAUCCAUCACGUUUUCCGUUGAAAAUUCCCGACGCACCGAAAAUGCGUGACAAAAAAAAAAUUGAUCAAGUUCAUGAUGCAUUUUAAGUUCAUCCUAAAAUUUCAUCCUUUUAAACCCCAAUGUCCCCAUUUUUACUCGAGACGUUAAUAUUGCUAACAACACACUGCAUUUGGAAUCACAAGACAUGGAAAAUUGUGGCAUGCAAAUUUUGGAGUCUGCAACUAUCGCUCAAUUUACAGCAUCGUAUCUGCCACACUAAAAGGCACACUGGAUUAUGAGGCGCACCUUCAAUGAAUGGCCUAUUUUGUCAUUUUUAUCAUACAUUAAGCGCACCGCAUUAUAAGACGCAAUCUACAAUGCACCCACUAGAUGGAGCCACGCUCAAAGAAACUCCAACAGAACGAUCAGAUGUCAGUAAAACCUAGUUUAUAAAGAAGCGACACAGUUCACGUAACCAACAGCAAGUUAUAACAUUGACUUGUUCACGUUGAACUCUCUUGCCGCUGUUCUAUUCCCGUGUUCAACUGCGUAACCGAUUGCCUUAAGUUUGAACUCUGUUGUCAGCAUGUCUCGAGCAAGGAGCCAUUGUGGGGUCUGAAUAUUACCGUAAUGACCAUACACAUCGGAUUUUAAGGCGCGCUGUGAGCUUUUAAGAAAAUGGAAGGCAUUUAGGUGCGCCUUUUAGUGCGGAAAAUAUGGCACAAUAGGUUAAGAAGGGAUUUUUUGAAAGCACUUGUAAUAUAUUUUAAAAGUAGAGAAAAAGGACAAUUACGAUAUGGAUUUUAAGCCAAAAUGACAUGAACCAACCCAUUUAGCCUGAAGCAUACCGUAGCUAGACUUUUUGGCAGGUGUUUCGCGGCCUGCAGACUUCCACUGUGACACCUGUCCCGUGGCGGAAGUUAAUUUAGCCUUUUGUAACCUCGCCAACAUCUUGUGUGGACCAACACGGGAUGCCAAAAUUCAACUUUUUGUACAUUUACUCACACUGUGCUUCAAGGCAAAGCGUCCUUGACAAACAUACAUCGCUGUCGGGGUUCAAAGUGCAGACACAGCUUUGAGCUUUGCUUCUUGUGCCAAACUCGUCGCCAUUUUUCGAGCACUUAUGAUGUCGUGCAUGUGUCUGCGUUUUUAACGGUGCAACAAAAUAACACUUUUGUAACUCUUCAUAAGUACUUCCUGUUUACACGCAUUGUAAAAGCCAAUCAAAGUCACACAGUGUGGAGUAAUAAAUAACCUUUAUUAAAAAUAAUUAAAAAAACAAAAACAGUUUGCUUUCAAUGACACUUGUACAUGUUGAUCUGCUGUUCACAUAUAAAUAAUAUAGCGAGGACACGCAACGGGAUAUCAGACGUAGGAAUGGAACAAGGAUGGAAGUUUGUACCUUGCGAACAAGGCAAGAUGGCUCAGGCGUCAUUGUUGUUGUGCUCCAUCCUGACCACCAUGGUGCAGAUGAGCUGUUCCAGUUGCUCCGCCCUCUGUUUGCCCAUCUGGAGGACCUCCUCGUGGUUGGCCUUCUCCUCGCUGUCGUAGUCCAUCACUGCCUGAUUUGUGAUCAGCGACAGGGCGAAGACGCGCAUGCCGCAGUGUCGGGCCACGAUCACCUCGUGGACUGUGCUCAUGCCUGGCGUGGGAAAGGGAGACGUUAGCUCGGGAAGUGAAGGUGUGGGGGAUUCGAGUCACAUGUCUGGACACACGUCAGACUGAAAAGGAGAGCUAAACAACAAGCGCUCGUCAGAUCAAGAUAUUCUGACAUAUACUGUAGUCGUGAGAUAAGGGGGGG